AAAUUUGUAAUGGGCGACACAGAGAAAAUAUCGACAGGGAAAAGCUUAAAAGCAUGCUGUGGCUUUCAUUGGCGAGGAAAAAUUAUAUUCUUCAUGCCUCUUGUGACGUUGCCGUUUUUGAUAUAUGGACUUAAGGAAAAGAAAUCUGAGUAUAAAUGUAUUUAUCUUAUAUUGAAUAUGGCUGUAUUUUGGAUAACAGAAUGUAUACCACUUUAUGUUACAUCCCUAUUUCCCGUUGUAUUUCUACCACUUUUUGGAAUCUUGAGCUCGGAAACCACUUGCAGUUUAUUUUUUACAAACACUUUGGUGAUGUUUACGGGUGGUCUAAUACUAGCACUUGCCAUUGAAUAUAGUAAUCUUCAUCAGCGCAUUGCUCUGGGUACCAUCCUAUUGGUCGGCUGUAGUCCAAGACGUUUGCACUUUGGCUUGGUAGUGGUCACAGCUUUUUUAUCGAUGUGGAUGUCGAAUUCGGCAACAACUGCAAUGAUGUGCCCCAUAGUUAAGGCUAUUCUGAACGAGUUGGAUAACCAAAAAGUUUUUACGGUUUACAAAACACAAGAGGAGGAACCAGUAGAAGAGGGAGAAAAACCACAUCCCUCAACUAUAUCGAUGGCAUUCUAUUUUGGCGUUGCAUAUGCUGCCUCAAUUGGUGGCUGUGGCACACUCAUCGGCACUGGCACGAAUCUAACAUUUAAGGGCCUAUAUGAAACUCGCUUUCCUGACUCCAAGGAAGAGGUGGACUUUCCCAUUUUCAUGGCGUAUUCAAUUCCCUUGCCAGUAAUUGUCAACACUUUGUUGCUCUACCUGUCGCUACAAAUCACUCACAUGGGUCUAUUUCGGGGAAACAGCAAGAUCGGCCAGGAAGUUAAGAAAGCUGCUGAAAAUAAGGACGUGCUCCGUAAAAUAGUCAAAGAUCGUUAUAAGGAAUUGGGAAAGUGGAAGUGUCAUGAAAUUCAGGUUGCAGUGACGUUUACAGUUAUGGUUUUAAUACUCGUUUUUGCUAAACCUGGUUUUAUGACGGGUUGGGAAGAAGCACUUAAAAUGAAGGCCGUAAGCAGCUCGGCUAUUGUCUUUUUGGCAAUUGGCAUUCUAUUUGCCUUGCCCACGCAGUACACAUUUUUGAAAUAUUGUUGCGGCUCCGCUCCUUUCACUGGUCGCUCCAUGGAUGCCUGUAUCUCAUGGACGUUCAUUCACAAUAACAUGCCCUGGGGACUCUGUUUUUUGAUUGGUGGCGGCUUUGCUCUCGCAGAGGGUAGCAUUAAAAGCGGAUUGGCCAAAAUGCUGGGCGAUUCCAUGUCAUUUCUAUCUUCAUUUCCAAGUGGUUUGGUCGUGGGAAUGGCCAUCACGAUGGGAGUAAUGUGUACUGCCUUUAGUUCAAACGUAGCCGUGUGCAAUAUUCUCAUACCCGUCUUUUGUGAAAUGGCACUCGCUAUAAAGGUACAUCCAUUACUUCUGACACUGCCGCCUACACUGGCCAUGAGUUUUGCCUUCCAUCUACCGGUCAGCACACCACCGAAUGCUAUUGCAUGUAGUUAUGCUGGCAUCAAGACAAAGUAUCUGGCUUUGGCUGGAAUAUUACCUACUAUUUGGGGCAUAAUACUUCUCUGGGUGAAUGCUUUAACAUGGGGAUUAGUUGUCUUCCCGGGUACUAAGGAAUUUCCAGAGUGGGCCAAGAAUGCUUAAUAGCAUU